AUGCCAUUACAAGUAAAAGAGAAGUUGACACUCUCAGCUGACUCGCCUGAAAAGCGAGUCAUUGAAUUGAACUUGACGUCUGAAGUGAUAAAGUUACUUCAAAAGUCACAAAACGAUGGCAAAAAUUUGAUGGUGAAAUUCAAUCCUAAUAAACAGACGUCUUUGGUGAUCCACGCUGGUGAGAACAAAUACGAAUGUAUAUCUGAAAACAAACCAGCGAGUGCAGUGUAUAAGGUGUAUCAACAACGCUCAUCAUCAGAACUGGGGCUGGUGGGUGAAAUUACGAGUGAGGCGACAUUAAAGAAAUUACAGGAUGAGAAGAAAUUUCUGGCAGCAAGGGAGAAGAUGAGGAAAUCGCAAAUCGCGAUUAAAGAGCAGAAAGAGAAGAAAAGAGUCAAAAGGCUUGAUGAAGCACCAAUGAAAGCUGGUUCUAACAAAAACUCAAGAGCACCGACCCUUACAAAAUCAACAACUACGAUUAAGAUGAAUACAACCAAUAAUAACGUUAAUAACGUCAAGACAAGUACAAGAGAGACAAAAUCAACCAAUUCGAUAGUGUCUUCAUCAUCUACAACAAAAGGAGGAGGCGCGAAUAAUGCAAACAUCGAAAAGACAGCUGCGAAACCAAAUACUCCUACUUCUACCCGGAAAUCGGGUCAAACAAUUAUACAAUCUUCCAAAUCAUCUGCAUCCGAAACACGAAACAGUACUAAUCAACCAAGCCAGUCAUUAAUCGAAGACGAAGAAGAAGAAACUGGCGGUGUUCCAUUAAAAACGCGAAUCAUACAGCUGUUGGCGUGGAAUGAUCUUCCGUUGGCUGAGGUGGUAAAGAAGACACAAGAAAAUAAGGAUCGGGUAUUGAAAGUAUUAAAGACGUUUGCGCAACAAGUAGGACAGAAUUGGAGACUCAAGGACGAAUCAUAUAAAGAAGUCAAGGUAUACGAGUGGACAAGUUAUGCGAAUGCUGAGAUAAGAAGGAUCGUUGAGAGAGCUACCAAAGCGUUUACUGCGUUAAAGCUCCCAAAAGACGCACCAGAAUGGAAAAAAUUAAGGCCUCCUGUGGAGACAAAACGGAAGAGGCCAACACCGAAUAGCAUUGCAACAUUACCUGCGACAUCAUCAUCAUUACGAAAUGAACCUCCAGAGGUGCCUGCAACCAAAAAGCGUAAGACUACACAAGCUGCGGCGCCAUCAGCAUCCGCUGCAAUAACUCCCGCUACAACUCGAAGCUCGCGUGCUCGAAAAACAGCAAGAAAACCAGAACCAGUGGUCAAAAAAAGUCCAGUACCGUUAACAGUAACCUCUUCCUCUUCGUCAUCUUCCACUCAGACCAAAAAACCCGCGGUUAGAAAGACCAAAAGUCAAUCAGGCGCUGAAGAGAUACCUAACGUAAUUUCACCAAGCAGCACAUCAACAGUUAAUGCAAGUGGCAGUAGAAAAUCAAUAUCACCUUCUUCGGCAUCUACUUCCACAUCAACCUCCAAUAACGGGGCAGAGUUUACAUUUACACGUAUUACUAACGUUAAGCAAUUCAGGGAUUUAGAAACGGUCUUCAAAAAUAAAUACAAUCGCUACGCUCAGCUCUUUGCUGAAUUAGAAAAGGCUCAUAGGGAGAACGAACAAUUAAACGCCGAAUAUUCAAGCUGUAAAGAUCCGGAAGAAAAGGCGCGGAUCACUCGAAAAAUUGCUGCACAAUUUGGGGAUACAGGCGAGGUUUCUUUGAAGAUGCGCGAAUACACGACAAUUCAAGACAAUUUAAAAGCUAUCAAGGCUGAAUUGUACCGCGCGUAUGAUGAAGAAGGGAUACUUGAAGCAACAGAUAUGGAUGUAGACGAAAGGGGAGAUGACAGCGUCGAUGAAGAAAUUGAAAUGUAA